CAGCAAACAGUCGAGAGCUGCAGCUGGUAUGAGAGGGGGAACCUUCAGGAUGAGUUUCAUGUGGAGCAGUAUCUUUAAUAAACCGCGGCUGUGCCUCUCUCCUCCCUUCUGCCGGCGGCUCCACGUUGGCCAACGAGCCUCCCUCACCAAAGCGUUCUCCACCCGCGACGUGGAGCUGUUCGCCGAGCUGACGGGCGACAACAACCCCCUCCACUUGGACCCGGCCUACGCCAGCACCACCUCCUUCGAGGCGCCCAUCGUUCACGGCGUCCUCAUCAAUGGCCUGAUCUCGGCCGUGCUCGGCACCAGGAUGCCCGGCCGCGGAUGCGUCUUCCUGUACCAGGAGAUCCGCUUCCCGGCGCCCCUCUACAUCGGCGAGGAGGUGCUGGCCGAAGCCGAGGUCCGCAAGAUCAAGAUGUCGUUCGCCUUCAUCGCCGUGACGUGCUCCGUCAAGGACAAGGUGGUGAUGGAAGGGGAGGUGAUGGUGAUGAUGCCCGAGGAGCAGCAGAAGAAGGAGUGAGAGGAGGAGGAGGAGGAGGGGAUGAGAUCAGAGGCCAGACGUCACAGCACCCUGAUGUACAGUUGCAAUGAUUAAAAAUUGGCCGCUGCAGCACACACAAUGCAGCUCAGCAUCUCUCUACAAAAUGGAAUUUGCUUUAUGCUGUAAUUUUAGUUGUUUAUUGAUCAUUUACCUGAAUGCCGGACACGAGAAGUGUGUUCGGACAGAGCAGCUACCAGAGAGACACGUCAGUCACUCAAUGAUUUAUUGUUUAAUUUGUCAAAUCUGCUCCGUAUUUUGUUUAAUGUGUAGAAUAAAAAUUCUAAAU